CUGAGGCUUAUUUUUGGUCGUGGGAAAGAAACAAGCGGUUGUUGUGCUUGUACGUGAAUGCACACGGGGAUACGAAGCUAAAGUCUCAUUGCAGCGCAGCGCAUCGCAUCACAUCACAGCACAUCAUGGGUGGGUUCUUCUCGUCUGUGUUCUCCCGCCUGUUUGGCGAGAAGGAGAGGCGCAUCUUGAUUUUGGGAUUGGACGGUGCCGGCAAGACAACCAUCCUGUACAGACUGCAAGUCGGCGAAGUUGUGUCCACCAUCCCAACCAUUGGAUUCAACGUGGAGACAGUCACAUUCAAGAACCUCAAGUUCCAAGUUUGGGAUCUUGGCGGACAAACUAGCAUUCGGCCAUACUGGCGGUGUUACUACAGCAACACAGAUGCCAUCAUCUACGUGGUGGACAGUUCAGACAAAGAGCGCAUGGGCAUCUCCAAAUCAGAGCUUCUCUCCAUGCUUGAGGAGGAAGAGCUGAAGGAUGCCGUGCUCCUCGUCAUGGCAAACAAACAGGAUCUGCCUGGUGCGUUGAGUCCGGCAAAGGUGUCUGAGGCGCUUGGGCUGCAGGCCCUGCGCAACCGCACGUGGAGCAUAUUCAAGACCUCCGCAACAAAGGGCGAGGGGCUCAACGAGGCCAUGGAGUGGCUCGUUGAAGCGGUGACAAGCAAGUAACCGUGACCGACUUUGCGCACCUUGUGUGCACCGUGCGCACACUUCAAGCUCACCGCCACGGCUGCACUUCAACCACCUCCUCAUCCGGCACCAUCAGCAUCCCCAGCGACCCCUCCAUUCACCAAAGGCAUCAUCCCCACUGAUCACGCCUCAACUUCUUUCACCCUUCACCUUCCACAUCCACCUUGCACCCUCCCUCUGUUCAUUGCUCACCACAGCAGUUGCCUCUCCGGUUGUUCUUAGUCCCCUCUUCUUCAGCGCUACGCGUCGUGUUUGUGUUGUCAAGUCGUUUGUUUGUAUUAUGUAGCAUGCAUCACUGCCAAGCUGUAGCAGUGUACAUGUGUGUGUGUAUGUGUGUCAUCUACAUCCUCGCUUUUCGAGGACACGCAACGUAUAUUUGUGUGUGUGUGUGUGUGUGUGUGUGUGUGUUGGCGUGAUUCUCCAAAGAAAGAGCAAGAUCCAAC